AUGCUAAUUUUCAAACAGGAAUGCUUGCCAUUUACCCAUUUUAUUCUUCCUUAUCUUUCUUCCAGAAAUCUCCUCUAUGUUUACCCUCAGAGGCUGAAUUUUGCGAACCGACUGGCUUCUGCAAGGAACAUUACCAUCAAGAUCCAAUUUAUGUGUGGUGAAGACCCAUCCUGUGCAAUGCCGGUAAUUUUUGGGAAAUCUUCAGGUCCAGAAUUUGUCCAAGAAAUAUACACAGCUAUCACAUAUCAUAAUAAAUCGCCUGACUUUUAUGAAGAAGUGAAAAUUAAGCUGCCAGCAAAACUCACAGAGAAACACCAUCUACUGUUCACAUUCUAUCACAUCAGCUGCCAACCAAAGCAAGGAGCAUCUGUUGAAACCCUCCUGGGGUAUUCAUGGCUGCCAAUUCUAGUAAAUGAUCGUCUUCAAACUGGACAUUAUAGUCUUCCUGUUGCAUUGGAUAAACUGCCUUUACACUAUUCAAUUCACUCUCCUGAGAAAAUUCCAUCUCAGACACCACCAAUAAAGUGGGUUGAAGGACACAAGGGCGUUUUCGUUGUUGAAGUUCAAGCUGUGUCAUCUGUUCACACCCAGGACAACCACCUGGAGAAGUUCUUCACCUUGUGCCAUUCUCUGGAAAGCCAAGUGACUUUCCCCAUUCGAGUGAUGGAUCAGAAGAUUACAGAGGCUUCACUGGAGCAUGAGUUGAAACUCAGCAUUAUCUGUUUAAAUUCUUCACGCCUUGAACCUCUUGUCUUAUUUUUGCAUUUGGUACUAGAUAAACUUUUCCAUCUGGCUGUACAGCCCAUGGUCAUAGCUGGACAGACAGCCAACUUCUCACAGUUUGCCUUUGAGUCUGUGGUCGCAAUAGUGAACAGUCUCCACAACAGCAAAGAGCUGAGCAAGGAUCAGCAUGGGAGGAACUGCCUCCUGGCAUCUUAUGUGUACUAUGUAUUUCGUCUGCCAGAUGCACAAAGAGAAGUGGUCAAACCAGGUGGAGGCAGCAGUGUUUCGACAGAAUCUCGUUAUUACACCUUUGGACGCACUUCUGCGGUGUCUGUUGGAAGUAAACUCCUGCAGAGCCGAGUGAUAAGCUGCAGCAAUCCUGACAUCACUGUCACACAAGCUGUGACUGAUGAGGAGGUCAAAAGCAUCAUGUCAUCCAAGCCCAUGGAUCACAGCUCCAGUCGGAUGUCUUACUGCGUUGAAGGGACAAAUGACAUGUCAGGCCUUUGUGCAAGCACAAGACCAUCCAAUAAAAAGCACUUCCAUGAGGAGCUGGCAUUGCAGAUGGUGGUCAGCACGGGCAUGGUGAGAGAAGCAGUCUUCAAGUAUGCCUGGUUCUUCUUUGAGCUCCUGAUAAAGAGUAUGGCUCAGCAUGUUCACAACAUGGAGAAGCAAGAUAACCCACGAAGAAGCCGAUUCUCCGAUCGUUUCAAAGAUGAUAUUACCACUAUAGUUAGUGUGAUUACUUCAGAGAUUGCUGCACUCAUAGUCAAACCACCCAAAGAAAGUGAGCAAGCAGAAAAAAUUAACAUCAGCCUGGCAUUUUUCUUGUAUGAUCUGCUUUCUUUAAUGGAUCGAGGAUUUGUGUUUAAUCUCAUCAAACAUUACUGUAAUCAGCUUUCAAACAAGCUGAAUUCACUCUCCACCCUGAUUUCCAUGAGACUUGAGUUCCUGAGGAUUCUCUGCAGCCAUGAGCAUUACCUCAAUCUGAACUUCUUCUUCAUGACACCUGCAUCAGCUCCAGCAUCUCCCUCUCCCUCCUUGUCCUCCCAGAACUCCAGCUCCUGCUCCAGCUUCCAGGACCAGAAAAUCACUAGUAUGUUUGACCUCUCAGCUGAAUACCGUCAGCAGCACUUCCUGACUGGCUUACUUUUCACCGAAUUGGCAGCAGCCCUGGAUGCAGACUGCGAGGGGAUUAGCAAGGUGCAAAAAAAAGCUGUCAGUGCUAUCCUUAGCCUGCUGAGUUCCCAUGACCUAGACCCACGCUGCUCCAAAAAGGAGGUGAAGAUUAAAAUUGCAGCUCUUUACCUCCCUUUGGUUGGUAUCAUUUUGGACUCACUACCACAACUCCAUGACUUUACAAUUUCAGAUAUCCGCAGUGGAAAGGGACGCACAGGAAACCCAGAAGAAGAACAGGAAUCUUCAGGUGCAAUCAACCAAAAUGUGGCCAUUGCCAUCGCAGGCAGUCAAUUCAACAUCAGGAACUCUGGAAUACCUCUGGUGUCACUGCCCUACAGACAAAAUGCCACCUUAGGUCCUGAUACUACUCGAAAUCUUUUAAUAUGUUUCCUCUGGAUCAUGAAAAAUGCUGAUCAGAAACUAAUACAGAAAUGGGUUGCAGACCUUCCAUCCAUGCAGCUGAACAGGAUUUUAGACCUCCUCUUCAUUUGUGUUUCGUGCUUUGAGUAUAAGGGCAAGCAAAGCUCAGAUAAAGUUAGCACCCAAGCACUCCAGAAGUCACGAGAUGUGAAAGCUCGAUUAGAAGAGGCUUUACUGAGAGGAGAAGGAGCCAGAGGAGAAAUGAUGAAGCGCUGCAGAAUACCAGCUGGGAAUGACAGAGCAGCAGGGGUAAAUGAAAAUUUGCGCUGGAGGAAGGAGCAGACGCAGUGGCGACAGGCAAAUGAGAGACAAGACAAGACGAAAGCUGAGCUAGACCAGGAAGCUCUGAUCAGUGGAAACCUGGCAACUGAAGCUAACCUGAUCAUUCUUGAUAUGCAAGAGAACAUUAUUCAGGCAAGCUUUGCAGCAGAAUGCAGAGAUAAUCUCUUGGGAGGAGUUUUGAAGGUCCUGGUAAAUUCUCUUGGCUAUGAUCAGAGCACCACUUACCUGACUCAUUGCUUUGCCACACUGAGAGCCCUUAUUGCUAAGUUUGGAGAUUUGCUGUUUGAAGAGGAGGUUGAACAGUGUGCUGACCUGUGUCAAAGAGUUCUCCACCACUGCAGCAGCAGCAUAGAUAUUACACGGACUCAAGCAUGUGCCACUCUUUACCUCCUCAUGAGAUACAGCUUCAGCUCUACCAGUAAUUUUUCAAGGGUGAAGAUGCAGGUGACAAUGUCGCUGGCUUCUCUGGUUGGAAAAUCCCCUGAGUUUAAUGAGGAAUUCCUUCGGCGAUCCUUGCGAACCAUCCUGGCGUAUGCAGAGGAAGACACAGAUAUGCAGGCAACACCAUUUCCCACUCAGGUAGAGGAGCUACUGUGUAAUCUGAACAGCAUCCUGUCAGACACGGUGAAAAUGAGGGAAUUUCAGGAAGAUCCAGAGAUGCUGAUGGACCUCAUGUACAGAAUUGCAAAAGGAUACCAGACAUCACCAGACCUGAGGCUGACUUGGCUGCAGAACAUGGCAGAGAAGCACACCAAGAGGAAGUGCUACACAGAGGCAGCCAUGUGCCUGGUGCACGCUGCUGCACUGGUGGCGGAGUACCUGAGCAUGCUCGAGGAUCGGAACUAUCUCCCUGUGGGCAGUGUCAGCUUCCAGAACAUUUCAUCCAAUGUGCUGGAGGAAUCUGCCGUUUCAGACGAUGUUUUGUCUCCAGAUGAGGAUGGCAUAUGUUCUGGGAGGUAUUUCUCAGAAAGUGGACUGGUCGGGCUGCUGGAACAAGCUGCAGAGCUCUUUAGCACGGGAGGUUUGUAUGAAACUGUGAAUGAAGUGUACAAAAUUGUCAUCCCCAUACUGGAAGCACAUCGAGACUUCAGGAAGCUCACCUUGACACACAGCAAGCUACAGAAGGCCUUUGACAGCAUUAUUAAUAAGGGUCAAAAACGAAUGUUUGGAACUUACUUCCGUGUUGGUUUCUAUGGAUCCAAAUUUGGGGACUUGGAUGAACAGGAAUUUGUUUAUAAGGAGCCUGCAAUUACAAAACUCCCUGAGAUUUCUCACAGAUUAGAGGGAUUUUAUGGCCAGUGUUUUGGGGAGGAUGCUGUGGAAGUGAUUAAGGACUCUGCUCCCGUAGACAAAAGGAAGCUGGAUCCCAAUAAGGCAUACAUACAGAUUACUUUUGUGGAGCCCUAUUUUGAUGAGUAUGAGAUGAAGGACAGAGUCACCUACUUUGAAAAGAACUUCAACAUCUGUCGGUUCAUGUACACCACGCCUUUCACCAUGGAUGGGCGUCCCAGAGGAGACCUUAGUGAGCAAUACAAGAGGAACACCAUCCUAACCACAAUGCAUGCUUUCCCCUACAUCAAAACUAGAAUCAAUGUCAUCCAGAGAGAAGAGUUUAUUUUAACCCCAAUUGAAGUUGCUAUUGAAGAUAUGCGUAAAAAAACACGGGAACUAACUGCAGCCACCAACCAAGAACCACCAGAUGCCAAAAUGCUCCAGAUGGUUUUGCAGGGCUCAGUUGGAGCCACUGUAAAUCAGGGACCACUAGAGGUAGCGCAAGUGUUCCUGGCUGAAAUUCCAGCAGACCCCAAACUUUAUCGGCAUCACAACAAGCUAAGGCUGUGCUUCAAAGAGUUUAUAAUGAGGUGUGGUGAAGCAGUGGAGAAAAACAAGCAUCUUAUUACUGCUGACCAGAGGGAAUAUCAUCAGGAGCUCAAAAGAAACUACAUUAAACUGAAGGAGAGCCUUAGACCCAUGAUUGAGAGGAAGAUCCCAGAGCUGUACAAACCUGUAGUGAAAGUCCACAGCAUAAGGGAAUCUUUUCGUAACCACAGUUUUAGGAAAUACGACUCCCAGACUUCUUCCCAAAGCACCUAAGAACUAGCUGCUUUGGCCAAGGAAGAGCUUCAUGCUGCAAGACAGAAGUGAUGGAGUAUUUAUUCCACUUCUAUGAAAUCAGAAAUCUCUCACGAGACAUUAUGUGCGCUUUCUGAACAACAUGCAGAAAAGCAUUGACACAAGAUCUACGAAUGAAAACUAGGGGAUAAAUCCUAACCAAGGACCUAUCACAAGGGCUUGGAAAGGAAGGGGAUGCUUUUUAGAUACUUCUGUAUAUAUUCUGUACAAUGAUGGCCUAAUGCAGAGGCCUUAGAGUGGUCAGUGGCAUGAAGUCAGCCAUGACUAGGUAAGAGACACAGAACUUGGUGUGGUUGGAUUGAGGUGAGUCUAAAUAACGUGUCUAAGGAAUAAUAACAAAUUAUAUGUACUUUUGGUCCUUUUCCAAGACAGCAUUUAUCCAUUGCUUUGGCAAUGAAAUACAUUCUGCAAGUUAUUCACUUGCUUAACUUUUGUCCUAAUGAGGAGGGAUAUGGUUACCUGCUCAGUGUUGCUGAGCUGGCACUCUAGGGAAGGAUAAUUUCCCCCGUCAGUUUCUGAACAGAUUCUCUGUCAUGGUCCUUAACUGCAGGGAGUUCUGCACAAGUCUUCUCAACCAAAGCAUGAAAAUCAAGAAGUAGUAAUAAAUAGUUCUUAGAGAUCUUGUAAUUUUUUUUUUUCUGUGUAUAGGGACGUGCAGUAUAGUGACUUGACAUGCAGUUAGUAGUCUGUUACAUAUUUAGCAGAGAUAACAAGUACUAGUUUAAAAAGAAGAUGCUAAGCUAUGAGUGAUUCGUUAUUACAUAAAGCUCUUACUUAGGUAACCUUAUCCAAAAUUAACUACAGGAGCUCACAAUGGGGAUUUCCUGCAAAUCACUUCACUCAGGCUUUACUGCAGCUUAAGAGAAAUUAGCACAUGAUUUAUAAUACCUAGUGCUUAGUAUUGUUUGAGUCCUAAGUAAAUAUCUUAGUAAAUAAUAUUUACACCAUUUCUCUAAAGUAUUGCAGGAUUAUUACAAUUUUGCAGAUGAGUAUGCAAAGAGAGAGGAGAAAUUAGGACUUUGGAACUCAUUUAGGUACUCCUUUAGUGAGGCAGUGGAAGAGUUACGAUUUUUGUUGUGACUACGCUUGCCAUAUAAUGUUUAUAUUUUGAAACAAAGAUCUGUGAAAGCAUCCUAAAUAUUACUUCCUCUCCUGCACCUCUUCAAUGUUUUGGAAAUUAUACCUUAAUGCUGAUUAAAGUAACCAAUUCCAUUUGCCCAAGCACGGAAUUUAAUGUUUAAAUUCAAUGAAAUGGUUUAUUUUUUUUUUUUUCCUUUAUACUUCAUUUUAGAAAUUUACAGUGAACUUUCUCAGAGUUGAUGCCAUAUGUUUUUGGAGGCAAGGUCCCUUUAACCCAAAAGCGCAAGGGAGAUUGAGGCUGUUGCUUUUAGUGGAAACAUUUUGACUUUUUGCACUCACCUUGCCGUUUGAUAAUACAAAUAUUCCAAAGCACUUCAUUGACAUUUGUAUCAUAUUUUGAAUGUGCUUUGUAGAAGAUUCGCAUGGAUGGUCAAACAAGGUGAGAUGUGGAGAUAGGUGAAAUAAACCCUGUAGUUACACAGUACUUGGAGUGAAGGAAAAUAAUUUCCCUCCUCAUUCAUAGUAUUGCUAAAUGAAAUAAUUAAGAAUAAGAACUCCCUGACUUUAAAAUGAGCACAGCCAAAGCACAUAAGCAAACGGUAUAAAAAGCUCAAACCAAAAGAUGCCUCUAUGUCAGAAUGGCUGCUUUGAAACAGUUCUAGAUUGAAAAAUUGCUAAUUUCCCAAUGUUUUGAAGCUAUGAGAUCUCUGCCUAUCAGUACCUAGCCCUUUAUCUGUUUUUUUCACUGCCAGUUGAGGAGAAAGGUCAGAAUACUGUAAUCUAUCAAACCCACAAUUCAACAUCACUGUUUACAAGAUACUUCUCCUUUACAGCCUAACUAACAGAAACCUCAGGUAAAUAAAACCCCUAACAGGUGCACAAUAUAUUGGAUAAAAGCAAUGAAGUGGUUCCUUGAACUGAAAUACUCAGGACAAUAUGAAUAGUGAUGGACUCUUCGCUCCCAUUCUACAAGCUGAGCACCUCGCAAUCAGAUGGCCAGUCUUGCCCUCAGUUUGCAUUUCAUGUUUUCCCUUCUACAAACAGAACAUGGCUUGUACAUUUCUUUCAAGAGCUGAACUGUGU